UGCUUUUGCGAUGGUGGUGGUACACUGUAAAUCUCAUGUAAUAUAAUCCACAUUCCUAGACAUCAAAGUAGCGCUGGAGUCCCGAGUAGCUUUAUCGAGUGCACCCUCUCGGGAAUUUGUGAUGAGGCGGGAAAUGGCGUCCGAAGAGCCCGUCGAUGGUCUGUGGUUCUGAACACAGCUGGCAGCGAUAACGACGGACAGACCUCUCUCUCGGUGGCCGCACCGUUGCGGCUACCAGUGUGGACAGGCAAGCGGCAAGUUUGGUUACGAAUUUAUUUGCACCAUCGUCUUCCAUGUAACGUGUAGGAUGAUGAGGUUGAGAGUGCGGAAAGCUUCUCAGCAGACCAGCACCAAACCAAAACCUGGUCCCAAAUCCAGCCCCGGCCGUCCAGCCCCAGCCUCGGCCCCCCGCCCAGCCCAGGCCAAGAGGAAACACUGUGAGGUGGAGCCCACUGCUGCGACCAGGAGAGGCCUCAGAAUGCAGAAGAAUGAGACGGGCCUGUUUUCCACCAUCAAGAAGUUCAUCAGGGGAAAUGCUGUCAAGAUGGAGCAUGACAUCCCAGCUAAGAGGAGUCGUGUUGAUUGUAAAGUGGACAGCAGCAACCUGAUCACGUCUUCUCCUCAUCCUCUUAACAAAGCUAUCCCCAGGGGCUGCAGGAGAAGCGCUAACAAACCUGAUCCAAUGACGUUGAACAGUAAGCCCCUGAAGCCCAACGGUAAACUGGAGGUCCCCGUGGAGGUGGCCAUCAGCCCUCCUCGCACUACUCUCCUGGGCACCAUCUUCUCUCCCGUCUUCAACUUCUUCUCACCUGCAACCAAGACGGCCACUCUUGGGUCUGACUCACCUGGGCAGGUGCUGGAGGCUGAGGAGAUUGUGGAGGAAAUGUCGACCAGUACCCCCACAUCUACAGAAGGCGUCGUCCUGUCUCCUGUUGCUCCAGUACCACCACCACCGGCUCCUCUGGCUACACCAGAACCACCUGUGGAGGAAGGGGAGAUGGUUACAGAAACAGAUACGCCCCUUCUAACAGCUCCGGUAUGCACCCCAGUCAGCUGUUACCCCCACGCCCCUCCCACGGCCCCUGCAGACGGCACCUACGAGGAGGACUGGGAAGUCUUUGAUCCGUACUUCUUCAUCAAGCAUGUGCCUCCGUUGACAGAGGAGCAGAUCGCCAGGAAACCAGCACUGCCUCUCAAAACACGCAGCACACCAGAGUUCUCCCUGGUCCUAGAUUUGGACGAGACGUUGGUGCACUGUAGUCUGAAUGAGUUGGAUGACGCAGCCCUGACCUUCCCUGUCCUGUUCCAAGACGUCAUCUACCAGGUGUACGUGCGUUUGAGGCCGUUCUUCAGAGAGUUCCUGGAGCGCAUGUCUCAAAUUUACGAGAUCAUUCUGUUCACUGCCUCUAAGAAGGUGUAUGCAGACAAGCUGCUCAACAUCCUGGACCCCAAGAAACAGUUGGUCAGGCAUCGUUUGUUUCGUGAGCACUGUGUAUGUGUUCAAGGAAACUACAUCAAGGACCUAAACAUUCUUGGAAGAGAUCUUUCAAAAACAAUAAUAAUCGACAAUUCACCUCAAGCCUUCGCCUAUCAGCUUUCCAAUGGGAUUCCCAUCGAGAGCUGGUUCAUGGACAGGAACGAUAACGAGCUUCUCAAGCUGGUUCCUUUCCUGGAGAAGCUAGUGGAGAUGAAUGAGGACGUAAGGCCUUACGUCAGAGAACGGUUUCGUCUUCACGAUCUCCUUCCUCCAGACUGAUUUGUGAUUGGUUGACCCAGCAGGCUAACCAAUAGAAAUAUAGAAUGUAUAUUUAUAUUAGAAUGUUCAUUCUAAUUCUAUGGAUUAGCCCUGCAGUACUUGGAGAGGGAUGCCUUCUUCCCUUCAACACAGCGGAGAUGAGGAGAAUCAAGUUUAACUGACUCUAAUGAGGAUGUUGUUUUAAAUGGAUCUCUGCCUACAACUACAACGUUUUCAUUACUGAUGAAAAUACCAACAAAACACCAUUACAGAGGAUUUUCUUGUUACAGAAAACAACAAAACACAAAUCUUUAUAAUUCCUGAAGCUAUGUACAGUUUGAGUAUUUGUAUAUGUUUUGUAUUCUCGAACUAAACUGUUAUACUCAAACUAAACUGUACCCCCAGGGUAGAGCAGUCCCCUUGUAUUGUAAAAGGCUUCUGCCUAGACGGAUGGACCUCUUUGUUUAUUCUUGAAAGCAGGGCCGUGUUCGUUAAGGCACAAACGUUUUGCAACUAAGGAAAAUAAAGCGUUUCUGAUUGGACAAGUCCAGGCAGAACCUCUCCAAUUCGGACCGUUUUCUUUGUUUUUGGUGCCUAAUGAACAAGAAGACCGUGGCGACUUUCUGGGAGAUUGUUUCUCAUCUGCAGCUACACUUUUGGACUGAAUGUCAUGCAGUAUUUGAGUGUGAGGACCUGACUGCUCCAGACUCAUUUUAACAGGAAUGGGCAGUCAAACCUGUAUAAUAUACACACUCGAUUACAUGUGUACAUAUGACAUAUAUUUUUCAACUUUUCACUGUGCUUCUGGUUUUAGUAUGUGUUCCUCUUUUAACUGACUGCUUCUUUUACUUUUUAUUUUUUAUUUACGUCUUUGGAAGAAAAAGAAAAAAGGUGAUUUUUCUGUUGUCUGCCUGCAAUUUUUACAUCCCAAAUGGCAGCCUAUUCUCUAUAUAGUGCACUGUAUGACCACAGUCCUAUGGGACCUAUUCUCUAUAUAGUGCACUGUUUGACCACAGUCCUAUGGGACCUAUUCUCUAUAUAGUGCACUGUAUGACCACAGUCCUAUGGGACCUAUUCUCUAUAUAGUGCACUGUUUGACCACAGUCCUAUGGGACCUAUUCUCUAUAUAGUGCACUGUUUGACCACAGUCCUAUGGGACCUAUUCUCUAUAUAGUGCACUGUAUGACCACAGUCCUAUGGGACCUAUUCUCUAUAUAGUGCACUGUUUGACCACAGUCCUAUGGGACCUAUUCUCUAUAUAGUGCACUGUUUGACCACAGUCCUAUGGGACCUAUUCUCUAUAUAGUGCACUGUUUGACCACAGUCCUAUGGGACCUAUUCUCUAUAUAGUGCACUGUAUGACCACAGUCCUAUGGGACCUAUUCUCUAUAUAGUGCACUGUAUGACCACAGUCCUAUGGGACCUAUUCUCUAUAUAGUGCACUGUUUGACCACAGUCCUAUGGGACCUAUUCUCUAUAUAGUGCACUGUAUGACCACAGUCCUAUGGGACCUAUUCUCUAUAUAGUGCACUGUUUGACCACAGUCCUAUGGGACCUAUUCUCUAUAUAGUGCACUGUUUGACCACAGUCCUAUGGGACCUAUUCUCUAUAUAGUGCACUGUUUGACCACAGUCCUAUGGGACCUAUUCUCUAUAUAGUGCACUGUUUGACCACAGUCCUAUGGGACCUAUUCUCUAUAUAGUGCACUGUAUGACCACAGUCCUAUGGGACCUAUUCUCUAUAUAGUGCACUGUUUGACCACAGUCCUAUGGGACCUAUUCUCUAUAUAGUGCACUGUUUGACCACAGUCCUAUGGGACCUAUUCUCUAUAUAGUGCACUGUUUGACCACAGUCCUAUGGGACCUAUUCUCUAUAUAGUGCACUGUAUGACCACAGUCCUAUGGGACCUAUUCUCUAUAUAGUGCACUGUUUGACCACAGUCCUAUGGGACCUAUUCUCUAUAUAGUGCACUGUUUGACCACAGUCCUAUGGGACCUAUUCUCUAUAUAGUGCACUGUUUGACCACAGUCCUAUGGGACCUAUUCUCUAUAUAGUGCACUGUUUGACCACAGUCCUAUGGGACCUAUUCUCUAUAUAGUGCACUGUUUGACCACAGUCCUAUGGGACCUAUUCUCUAUAUAGUGCACUGUUUGACCACAGUCCUAUGGGACCUAUUCUCUAUAUAGUGCACUGUUUGACCACAGUCCUAUGGGACCUAUUCUCUAUAUAGUGCACUGUUUGACCACAGUCCUAUGGGACCUAUUCCCUAUAUAGUGCACUAUACAAAAGAAUAGGGUGUCAUUUGGUAUGCAUGCUUACUUCCUAGUCUGCUUUUUAGUCCCAUUUUAAGUGCAGUUAUGUAGUCUCUAACAAGGUGCAGGUUUUAAUCUAUCUUUUAAGAGGAAAUGUUUAUGAAAUCAUCAUGAUGAUGUGUAUAGGUCGUAAUGUUAAUGUAGUAUAAGGUUUCACUUGGAAGACCAUUCAACAAGCCAUAAUGAUGGCCCAGAUAUUCAUUUAGAAAAUGUAUCUUUGAGAUUUCACCCCUUUUUUUGUUUUUUUGUAAAGAUGUUUAAAAAUACCCUUAAGAUGCUCUGUUUUUUUUAGGGUGUGAUGAAGAGUUUAUGGAGAAAGGAAGGCUUCGGAGCUCCUGCACUUUUUGUAUAAAAAAAAAACAACUUUUAAAUGCAGCCCUAUGUAAAAAAAAUAAUUUUUUUGUACACAAGUUAUCACCUCAAUUGUUAUGUCCGGACUAUUUUGAAAUCGUAGCACCAGCAAAACGGCUAACAUUUUGUUUUUAUCUUUUAAAUCAUGUUUUUCAUUGCUGUUCUUAGUCGUGGGUGUGUGGAAUAUCUUAUGUAUGAGUCUAAAAGUUUGGCCGAUAAGACUCCAUGUUGUCAUUGACCAUCUUGGACGGUCACUCCUGUUGUACUCGGUGUUACUCAAUGGUGUCCUUGAUCAUAAAUACAUUUUUUUAUACAAUUAAUGAAAA